AUGGGAUUGUUGCUGGUGCUAUUCAUAUAUUUGCUUGGGGUAAUCAGUUGUCCCUUCCUCUUGGUGAUCACGUUCAUCUACGUGAUACCUGAGAUCAAAAAAAGUAAGCGUGGAGGAGAAGGUGCUCUGGGAGGCGACGACGCAAAAGACUUUGACGAGGAUUAUGACGAUGAAAGACAAUCCAACCUCAAGGCGGGCGAAAUUGAAGAAAAACACCAGUCGGGGUUGGAGAGCUUCAAAAAUGGAUGGAUAAUCGUCACCAACGAGUAUAUUGAAAGCACAGAUGAAAUCAAUAGUAAAACUGCAUCAAUCACCGAGUCGGCCGAGAAUAAAUCAGCAUAUGCGUCACUUUAUAAAUUGGUGAAUAGGCAGCAACAACAACAGCAGCAGCUACAACAGCAACAACAACCGGAGCAAAUCCCACCACAACAACAGCAACAGCAACAACAACUGCUGCUGCAAUCGUUUCAAGAACGACAAACUUCAAGUGAGGGCGGUCCCUUGGAAGACGAUGUCUCCGACUCGGUCUCUAUUGCAUCAAUGCAACUACUGCUGCCGAGCCAUCUAACACAGUCGCCACCGCUAAAGUCACAGCAGCAACAUGCCGGAAACCAAGGCUCAACUCAACUGAUGCGUCAGUCGCUCAAGAAGCAUCGCUUUUUCGCGGUUCUCAAGCACGGAAACUUGUUUUUAUACAAGGAUCAACUGCUCAAGGAUGUCAAGAAUGUUGUCGUGUUGAGCAACUAUUUCGUCACGUUAUGGCCGCGCGACUUGAAAGAUGCUCUGUUGUUCACCAAGUACACGGCUAUUGCCUUGAUCAAUCCUAAUAAACUAAGGAAUCUUGACAAGUUGAGCAAUCGCAAUGGACUGCCCCCGGGCAGUUUUUUCAUUUACUGCGAUACUAAUUCCGAUAAAGAAGAUUGGUAUUUUGCCUUGAUUCGAGGGACAAAACUUGAAACUGCGAAUGUCAACAACAACACCAACAACAGCAAUGGCAAUGGCAAUGGCAAUGGCAAUGGUAACUUAUCAAUUAGCAGUAGCGGAGGUAACAACAACUCAAGCAUACCUGCUAAUCUCAGUGCUUUCAAAUAUGCACAAACUUUACACUUUUCUACCAAAGAAAUGAUCAAAUUGAUACAAGCAUUGUACAGUUCCGAGGGGCAUUUGCAAACCAAAUGGAUGAAUGCGUUGAUUGGACGCUGGUUCUUGGCCAUCAAGGACACCGAGUGGUUUGAAAACUACAUAUACACCAGAUUGAGCAAGAAAUUGGACAAGAUGAAGAAACCGGGUUUUUUCGACACUUUUCAAAUCACUGAUAUCUACCCCGGCAGCUCGGCUCCAUUCUUCACUUAUCCCAGCUUAAAAGAGAUUAACCCCGAUGGCACUGUUGUUGUGUCUGCUAAUAUCUCCUAUAGUGGUGGAAUCUCAGCAACAAUCAAAACCAAGUUGGAUCUCGCGUUUGGGGCAAAGUUUGCCUCCAAGGAAGUUGACUUGUCCCUCAAAAUCUCAUUGAUGACCCUUGAAGGACCCAUUUUAAUCAAGAUGAAACCACCUCCAAGCAAUCGUUUCUGGUACUGCUAUGAAAUUGAACCAUUGAUGCAUUUUAAAAUUGAGCCUAUUUUGAGCAACAAGUCGUUGAACUACCCCUUUAUCACUAGUUCCAUCGAGAAAAAAUUCACAGAAGGCAUCAAGGAGAGCUUGGUAUUGCCGCACUGGGAUGACAUUGUGUUUUUGGACACCAUGAAUGAACUAUACCGGGGAGGAAUUUGGAAAAACUCGGGCAACAGUGGUGCUGAUUCGAAUGAUGCUGACACUGUGGGCCAUAGCAGUAGCGAAGACGCCGAGUCCUUAAACUUUACCACUGGCGACGAUGAAACUUUGGGCAGAACUCGUGGCCGGCCAUUGAAAAAUACAAAAUUUGGAACUGCCCUUUCCGAUCUCACUUUGAAAAUGAAAAAGAAAACCACCACCACAAAUUUAUCCAUGGAUGAAUUCCCGCAAACUACAACCACCACGGUUAGUGCGGCUCCUGAAACUUCUUCUUCUUCUUCUUCCAAUAGCGCCGCAUCAUCACUCAUGUCAAACACAUUUAAGCGGAUUGGCAAGUGGUAUUUCAAAGACGAUGAUAAACUGCAAAAGCCCAAACGGGAUGGAAGUCAACAAGUUGCCUCCACCACCACCCCCUCCAAAGUGGAGAAUCGUCGACCUGGUAGUGGGCACAGCAGUGUCAGCAACUUCAGUGCAAGCACAAUCAACAGCGGUAGUGGUGUCAAUGCGACGAUGAUUACCACGGACAGCGACGGCACCAUCGGCAACACUCCUAGUGACAUGAAAACGGAGAACAUCGCCAGCGCUCAUCUAGCCUCGAUGAUCAACAUUAACAAUAAUAACAGCAACACCACCACUACCAGCGAGAACAUCAAUAGCAACAGCAACAGCAGCAGCAAAGUUCCAACACCGCCACGUACGCUGUCAUCAAAGUCGAUCUCUUCCGGUACUUCCGAAGUGUACCACCCACCCGAGAUGAUUUCAAACCGUCGUCCGCCACGCAAAUCAUCCAACGCUACACUGACGACGGCUGCAACCAUCAAACAGGAAAAAUUCCACCAAGUGCCGCCACCGACUGUGAAUCCGCUGGCAUUUGAACAUGUGCAGAAAAAUGGAGCCACGUCUCCCCAGCCAGCGCAAUCGCCGCAAUUCAAUUUUGGAAGACUAGAUAGCAUGUCAGACGCAGAGAAGAGCUACUCUCCAUUCCCCAGGAUAAACAUAUCACAACUGCAACCACCGCAGUUGCCUCCACGUCAAGCCGGCACGAGUCAAGCAGGUGCAUCGCCUGCAUCAACGACAAAAAGCACAGUAACUGCGGGGUCCUUGGGGGCAUCGGGGUUCUUAUCUACUUUUAACAACUUGCCUAGCUCACCUACGUACAAGCGACGCAACGGCCCCAAUGGUGCUGGUGGGGAAGACGAGGAUGAGAAUAUUGCUGCUGCUGGUGGCGCGGGGGGUGGAAGAGCAAGCAGAAGUGAGAGUAUAUCAGGUUUCAAUUUGAAUGAUUCUAGCUCUGGCUUUGGCGCAAACACCACGCCUUUACCUGCAGCAGCUGAUCCCCUGAAUAUCAUCGUUGCUGAAGCGUUGACUAGUGAGCCCACUGUUGGGUUGUCACAGGUUGAAACACCAGAAAGACAACGGAGUGUUGUCGGACGGAAACCGCCACCGCCUCCUAGAUCCGGUGCUACGUCCCCUUUGGCUCUGGCUUCCUCUGUGGCGGCUCCCGUGCCUACUACCAUUAGCUCUUACAUCAAGAGCGAUUGA